GCACCGUAAGCUACGCAAAGCUACCACAAAGCUACCACAAAGCUAACGUAAAGCUACCACAAAGCUACCACAAAGCUACCGUAAAGCUACCACAAAGCUACCACAAAGCUACCACAAAGCUAACGUAAAGCUAACGUAAAGCUACCACAAAUCACAGUUUUUUCUCUUUUUCAUCAAACUAAAGUUUUUGCAAGUUCCCGCAAUUUCAUCACAUAAAAUCGCAUAAAUAUCAUACAGCAUAUUCCAUCGCACUUUUUAAGAAAACGUGGCAGCACAAUUAAGGAUUUUUGCACAAGAAAAACUACCCUCCUCCCCAGUGCUGCCAUUUGUUGAAAGAAAAUAUAGGUCCGCGGUUCAAGGCCAGACCUAAACCGAGGUCUCAGAAAAUCCACUCAGACUCAGAUGUGGAAAGAGAGAGUUUAAUGUGCUGCGAAAGGAAUUCUGGGAGUUAUUUGGGACACUAUAGACUGCACGUACACCGAGCAGAACGGUGAUGAGUGACUUUGUUCAGUGUGGGGGGCAAGAAACUGUCCCGGUAUCUCCCACCAGAGGGCUGGACGUUUGGGACCAGGAUGGGACCAGGAUGUGACCAGGACGGGACAAGAAUGGGACCAGGAUGGGACCAAGAUGGGACCAGGAUGGGACCAAGAUGGGACCAGGAUGGGACCAGGAUGGGACAAGAAUGGGACCAGGAUGGGACCAGGACGGGACAAGAAUGGGACCAGGAUGGGACCAGGACGGGACAAGAAUGGGACCAGGAUGGGACCAGGAUGUGAGGGGUCUGCAGAGAGUUUGAGUCCCACCAAUGUCAUGCAUGUAAAACAGCAGCAGUCCCUUUGUCCUACUGGUGUCCUGCUGGUGUCCUGCUGGUGUCCUACUGGUGUACUGGUGUUCUACUGGUGUCCUACUGGUGUCCUACUGGUGUUCUACUGGUGUCCUACUGGUGUUCUACUGGUGUUCUACUGGUGUCCUGCUGGUGUCCUGCUGGUGUCCUGCUGGUGUUCUACUGGUGUUCUACUGGUGUCCUACUGGUGUCCUGCUGGUGUCCUACUGGUGUCCUGCUGGUGUUCUACUGGUGUCCUGCUGGUGUCCUACUGGUGUUCUACUGGUGUUCUACUGGUGUCCUGCUGGUGUCCUGCUGGUGUCCUGCUGGUGUCCUGCUGGUGUUCUACUGGUGUUCUACUGGUGUCCUACUGGUGUCCUGCUGGUGUUCUGCUGGUGUCCUACUGGUGUUCUACUGGUGUCCUACUGGUGUUCUACUGGUGUCCUACUGGUGUCCUACUGGUGUCCUACUGGUGUUCUACUGGUGUCCUACUGGUGUCCUGCUGGUGCCCUACUGGUGUCCUGCUGGUGUUCUACUGCGCCGCUAUGUGGCGGCAGAUUUAG